UUACAACAUCGAGUCCUAAAAUCGCCAUUUGUGUGUCACAAGAGGAUCCACGUGCACAUUUCAAAGAUGUCCAGCCAUCUGACUUGGAUGAUAAUCCGAAAUCGCUCCAGUUUUAUGAUAAAAAAGCGAAAUGUUAAGAAAUAUUUCAAUUCGGAUCCUCUCAACAUGAAAAAUAUCCACUCUCCUAGGUUUUGUGGUUUAGUUCAAAAGAAGGCCAUCAUGGUCGAACCUCAUGCCCAAAAUAAUGGGGUUAAUCUUGUUUUCAAGAAAGCACGCCAUCAGAAUCGUCCUGUAAAAGCUCUGCAGCGUGAGCAACUUACGAGAAAUGCUCGCAGAACAAUGACUGUUAUUAAGAAGUUUGUGAAACAGAACAAGUACAGAAAGGACUUGAAGAUGCUUGCUUUGAGGAGAGCUAGUGCUAUCUUGAAAAGUCAAAGGCAUGUAGUACCAAAAAAGAAAGUAUUCAAGAAAAAGGCAGAAUAACUUUUCUUAAAUAAAAUGCUUUAUUAUCAUCAA